UUUCAUUCAAUGUAUAAGACGAAUAUUCUUCUCUUUUUGGUGUUGCACUCCAUGAACGUUGUGGUGAUAGCAAUUGAUUUGUUUCAUAGUCAGUUAUUGGAGACGAAAAUUGUUCCCUUAUCGGAGUUGAAGGUAAUGAAAACGAUGAUCGACCACCAGCAUCUCCCUCAUAUCCACUCAUUUCCGAGUGUUUUUCAUUUAUAUUUUUUGCUUUCUUCUUGUCCAUUUCCUUUUUUGUAUAAUUAAAUGUUGCCUUAGCUGUAUUUUCGGUAUCACAUUCAACAAGUGGGGGUUUGUGUAAAAUGUUUGUGUUAUCCCAUUUAAGCCUUCGUAAAUCUAUUUUUGUUACAUUAUCUUCAAUAUUUACUUUGUUUUUAUUCUUUU